CCAUCCUCGAGAGAGGGAGAGGGGAGAGGGGAGAGGGGGAGAGGGCGUUACAACUACCAGUGUGUUGAAUUUGUGCUGUGAGUCUGUCUUUGUGGCCGGUUAAGAGACAGGAAAAAAACCCGAAAUAGUUUGGUUUCUGUUCUGUAAAUUCUUUCGAUUUAUCUUCUACUACUUGUUCCACUUCACCCACUUCUUGUUUUCUUCGUUUGCUGUUUCGGAAAGAACGAAAGAAGUUGUAAUAUAUAUUAUGCUGAUCUGAAACAUCAGACAUUCUCUUACAAUGUCAGUAUAUUAGCAGCUCCAUAUCCAAGGUAGCACGCUUCUCUAUCACUUCAUCUUCUACGACAAACAAUAUCAACACCUCCACAACCAUGUCAUCCAAAUCCAAGUCCGCUUUAUCUGAAACUCCUCACAAAGCAUCACCAGCAACUCCAAGAGUUGCUAGACCAAGCAGGGGAGUAGCUAAAUCAGAAUCUGAUUCACCCUCUCCUUUGCAAAGUUCACGCCUUUCAGUUGAUCGGUCUCCACGAUCGGUUCCCUCGAAGCCCACCAUUGAGCGAAGAUCACCAAAACUUGCUACCCCACCUGAAAAACAACCUGCACGGAUUGCAAAGGGAUCAGAAUUACAGGCACAAUUGAAUGUUUUUCAGGAAGAUCUUAAGAAAGCAAAGGAACAGAUAGCUUUGGUUGAGAAAGAGAAGGCGAAAGCAGUUGAUGAAUUAAAAGAAGCACAAAGAGUUGCCGAAGAAGCAAAUGAGAGACUCAGGGAGGCUUUGGCGGCUCAAAAGCGAGCUGAGGAGGAUUCAGAGAUUGAGAAGUUCAGGGCUGUUGAGUUGGAGCAGGCAGGAAUCGAGGCGGCCCAGAAGAAGGAAGAUGAAUGGCGGAGAGAGCUUGAAACUGUGAGGAACCAACAUGCUUUGGAUGUGGCUGCUCUUCUCUCUACCACUCAGGAUCUCCAAAGGGUAAAGCAAGAACUGACCAUGACGUGUGAUGCAAAGAACCAGGCACUUAGCCAUGCCGAUGAUGCAACUAAGAUUGCCGAGAUUCAUGCAGAGAAAGUGGAGAUUCUCUCGGCCGAGGUGAUCCAGUUGAAGGCCUUGCUUGAUUCAAAGCUUGAAACUGAGGUCAGUGAAAACAACCAGAUGGUGUUGAAGCUUAAAUCGGAGAUGGACUCUUUGAAAGAAGAACUUCAAGAAGUGAAAGGUGUCAAGGAGAAAUUGAUAGAGAAAGAGGCUUCUAUUGAACAGCUUAAUGUUGAGCUAGAAGCUGCAAAGAUGGCCGAAUCUUAUGCUCGUGGUCUGGUGGAGGAGUGGCGAAACAGGGUUGAGGAACUAGAGACCCGGGUUGAGGAAGCAAAUAAGUUGGAGAGAUCUGCAUCAGAAUCUUUGAAUUCCGUCAUGAAACAACUAGAGGGAAAUAAGGAUUUAUUGCAUGAUGCAGAAUCUGAAAUUGCUGCUCUAAAAGAGAAGGUGGGGUUGCUGGAGAUUACAAUUGGAAGACAAAGAGGGGAUCUUGAGGAGUCAGAACGCUGUCUUGACAUGGCCAAGGAAGAAACUUCUGAGAUGGCCAAAAAGGUCGAGUCUCUAAAUUCGGAGCUUGAAACUGUGAAGGAGGAGAAAGCCCAGGCUUUGAACAACGAGAAGCUUGCAGCUUCUAGUGCUCAGACCCUAUUAGAGGAGAAAAAUAAACUUACUAAUGAAUUGGGAAAUUCCAGGGAUGAAGAAGAGAAGAGCAAGAAGGCGAUGGAAAGCUUAGCUUCAGCCUUGCACGAGGUCUCUGCAGAAGCAAGAGAAGCGAAAGAAAGACUUUUAUCCAGUCAAGGUGAGCAUGAAAAUUAUGAGACCCAGAUAGCAGAUCUGAAGUUGGCCUUGAAAGCAACGAGUGAGAAGUAUGAAAGCGUGGUUGAUGAUUCAAAACAUGAGAUUCAUGUCCUUACAGAAACAAUUCAACAAUCCAAGAACGAAUUGCAAAACACCAAGGCUGAGUGGGAGCAAAAAGAACUUCAUUUGGUGGAUUGUGUAAAGCAGUCAGAAGAAGAGAACUCUUCUCUGGGAAAAGAAAUAAAUAGGCUGGUGAAUUUGCUCAAGCAAAAGGAGGAAGAAGCUUGUGCCAGCAAGGAAGAAGAAGCCCAGCUGAUGGAAACCUUACAAAAAGUUGAGGCUGAGGUAAUUGACUUGCAGGAAGCUCUUGGCAAAGCAAAGACUGAAAACAUCAAAUUGAAAGAAAAUCUUCUGGACAAAGAAAAUGAGUUCCAGAGUAUAAUUCAAGAAAACGAGGAACUUCGAACUAGGGAAGCUGCUUCCCUCAAGAGAGUUGAGGAGUUAUCUAAGUUGCUCGAAGAAACUGUGGCCAAAAGGAAAUAUGAAGAAAAUGGUGAACUUACAGACAGUGAAAAGGAAUACGAUUUGCUUCCAAAGGUGGUUGAAUUCUCUGAAGAGAAUGGACAUGCAAGAGAAGAGAAGCCUAAAACGGAGUCUCCACUCGAUCAAUGCGAGGAACCUAGAGAAGAGAACUUAGAUGAAAAGAAUAACUUCUUGAAGGAUGAGGCUGAAAAGAUGGAUUCUGCCCAAAUUGAGAACGUGAAUGGAAAACUGAAGGAGGAAAAAGAAGACGACUCGGUAGAAGUUGAAUUUAAAAUGUGGGAGAGCUGCAAAAUUGAAAAGAAAGAGUUUUCACCAGAGAGAGAAGUGGGGCAGGAAUCCUUUGAAGAGGAAGUGAACUCAAAGGUGGAGGGAGGCGAACUCUUUGAUCAGAUAAAUGGGGUAUCUUCUACAGAAAACAUUGAUGAUGGUGGAACCUCACCAUCAAAGCAGCAGCAACAACAGAAGAAGAAGAAGAAGCCUUUGCUUGGAAAGUUUGGAAGCUUGCUCAAGAAGAAGGGAACCAGCAGCAGCCAGAAGUAGAGUAAUAAAUCAGUUUGGCCUAACUUUUGUGCUUUACUAGCAGGCAGGUAUAUUUUGCUACUAUUUUGUUACCAAAUGUGUUUGAUUCAUUGUUUUUGCUUCCAAAGAACAGAAUAGGUCAAGGAAAGAAGAGGCAUGUAUUAUUUUUAGUUUUUUCCUUUUUUUUAUUCUAAUGUAAUUCCCCCCAUGUGGGACAGUAUCUUGUAUGUGAUGGAAAUUCUAUUUGAUUUUCCAUUUUGUGUUAA